CCCUAAUCUGGCCAAUCUCAAGGGUUCCUUUGUUUACAUUUUACAGAUAAGCAUAGCAUUAGAGGCCUGAAAAAACAAAGCAAUUCAACAAAUCUAUGAAUAUGACUCAUCAUCAUCAUCAUGAUGCACCAAUGAAUUCAGAUAAGCAAUGGCUCACCGCAGAUUAAAUUUCAUACCGAUGAUGAAUAAGCCAAAUGAUGGCAAACUGCCGCAUCUAAGGUCGAGACGUCAUCACAGUACAGGCUUCAACCAGAGAUACUUAGAUACCGAAUCGGAUAUUUAACCGCGGCCAUCUGAGCAAACAGCAACCAAAGACUUCCAUGAGCGAUUCGGUUAUUUUUAAGAACUACACGUACUGGACAGAUGAUGCGAAAAUAUUUACUCUUCAGGGCGUUUACUCUUGCUUUUCGGUGUAUAUCUUUCUUCUGAAGCAGCCUUCUGAAGUGGACUGCCAUAAAUCCGAGAAUUGUUAAUUCAGCUGCCACCUAUCAGCACACAGGUUGCAAAUCAAAUGAAGCGAAGCUCCCUUAUCUAUUCUGGCCGCCUUAUCUUGAUGAGCGGACUCACACACCUGCUAAACGCACUUGAAAUACUUUUAGAUGUUGAUAUAUCUCUGAAUUUCCCACUCGUGAUCCUUGGAAACUUAUUCAGAAAUUGUUUAUUAAUAUUACAGGCAGCACACAUUUUCCCAUUGCUUAUUUCCAAUGAAAGCGCUUCCCGAGGCAGCUGUCCGAGUGGUGAAGGCGUCUGCAAGAUUCGAAUGCAAUGCCCAAAGCGGACGUCACAAAUCCUGAACACCAUUCGGGUUGCGGGCUUAGUACUAGUUCCCAUCCAACAUCCAUCCUACGCCCCCAUGCAGUUAAGGUGGCGGACGAUAGCGAAACGGCAGAGGAGGAAGCAGAGGACACAGAGGAGGACAAUGACCUGAAGCCCCUGUACGACAAUUCAGCUGCCAUCCAUUGCUCUUCCUCCACUGUGCUAAGCAUUCAGGCUGGGGUCUUCAACACUCUGAGCGAGCGUUCUUUGUCCUCAUUGGGGUACUCGGUAGCCGAUUCCUUAAAGAAACGGGAAACCAGUAAAUCAUUUGACCAAAAGACUAAUCUUUACCAGGAGAUUGUUAGCCGUGUAAAGCGGCGCGCUCAGACCAAUUCCGAGGUCACCAUCGGAAAGAGUCGGCAUCCCGUGCACUUGAUGGCCUUGCAGAGCUUUUCCCGAAUGUUUCGCGAUAUGAGCAACGACUUGAGCGUGGACCUGCCUGAGGAGAAGAUCACGCCUCGCUCCUUUUGCCUUAUAUACGACUGGAUGAUUGAGGACACGCCGAUCCUACCGCGCCUCGGUCUUCUGGAGGUUCUCCAGGCCGCCAGUUUCUUGGACAUGCCGCAACUUGUUAGUCAGUGCCAGUAUUGUCUGGAGAAUGGAUUCAAGGAGGACUCCGCGGCGAUACUGUACUUUGAGGCUAAGAUUCUCAAGUUGGAGGAGACUCACCGGGAAUGUCUAAUGCGCGUCUCUAAGUUUUUUCUCACUCUGGUAGCCUCUCAAGAGUUCCUGCGCCUCCCGCUUAAACCAUUGCUCAUGCUAAUUGCUUCUAACAGCAUUGGCGUCAAUAUGGAGCUGGAGGUGUUCAUGGCGGCGGCUCGCUGGUUAAACCACCACUGGCCCCAAAGACAGACAAACAUAACUGCUGUUACAUCCAGCAUUCGUUUUGGACUCAUUCCGCCGUGGUUGCUCAUCCAGUUGCAAAAGCCGGAUGUAACCGCUGUGGAAGUGAGGAGAAUCGUAUCCGAACCAGAGGUUCGUCAAGCCAUUCACGAUGGCAUCGCAUAUACCACCACGCGGCUCUUUUAUGGAGCAGACCGCGAGGCUUUUAUGCAACAUUUGCACAAGACUAAUGUCAAGCCGCCCAUGCAACGCUACUGGAUAUACGACCGGAAGUGCCGCCAUCAUCAUCGCAUGCAAUGCAAGAUUACGCUGGACCUAACAUACGAGACUUUCGUGGAAUACCUGAACUAUCUGCAGAUGCAGCACCGGGACUACUGGCAGUCUAUGGAGCAGGCAGAGACCAGCAACGUCUGUUUCAGUUGCCAGGCCAAAAAUCUGGAUCGAACUAAGCCCAUUAGUUGAGUUUAGAUGUUGGUUGAAGAAAUUGUGAAAUAUAUCUUGAUACUUAUCUAUGCCUUACUCUGAAA